CUUUCUCUCUGUAUAUACCAAGAACAGAGCCUCAUCAAUGGCUGCCAACAAGUUUGCGACCAUGUUGCACAGAAACACCAACAAGAUCACUCUUAUUCUCGUCUAUACUCUCCUUGAAUGGAUUUUGAUCAUCCUUCUUCUUCUCAAUUCACUGUUUUCUUAUCUAAUUAUAAAAUUCGCUGAUUACUUUGGCCUUAAAACACCCUGCCUCUGGUGUUCUAGGCUUGAUCAUCUCUUAGAACCCGGAAAGAAGAAGAAUUCUCAUAGAGAUCUUGUGUGUGAAACACACGCCAAUGAAAUAUCCAAACUGGGUUAUUGCUCAAAUCACCAGAAACUAGCUGAAUCGCAAGACAUGUGUGAAGAUUGCUCAUCGCAGCCAGAUUGUGAAGAAUGGUCAAAGAAGUUUGCUUUCUUUCCAUGGAUGAAGCAAAUUGGCUUGAUUCAGGGUGGCGAUGAAAAAGUUAUUGAGAAUGGGGAUGAAAACUUGAACUGUUCCUGCUGUGGCAUGAAGUUGAAUAAAUUCUACCCUCCAUGUAUUCUAAUUAAGCCUUCUUGGGAGGUUUUGGAUUACACCCAAAAACAGAGUUUGACUAUGGAAGCAGGGGUUGAUGCUCAAACUGAAGAAGGUGAUCACUCAGAUCAAAGCAGAUCGGAUUUCAUAAUCGAUCAACAUGAAGAUGAUGAGGCUAUCGAAGAAAACAGGGAAGAUAAUACGAUUUUUGAUGUUAAUGGAGGCUGUAAAAGAAGAGUAGACGAGGCAGAGGAGCAUUCUGCUUGUUCUGUAUGUGACUAUGGCUGCAAGGAAAUUGUUGCCAAUGAAGAUGACAAAGUGGACAGGGUUAUAGAAGAACAAGAACCCAUCAAAGAGGCUAACUUGAAUGUUUCAAUGGAUGAUCAAUCACGUGAUCACCAGACUUUCAUUCAGGCCGGUUGUGAUAAGGGUUUAUCUCCUGAAAUUCUGCCUCAGCAUCUGGAGUUCUACAUUGAUCAAGAUGAUUGUCGACUGGUUCUGGUUGAUUUGAUUGAUUCUCCCACCACCACUGAAAACCAAAGUCACAAAAAGUACAAGGUGGAAGACCAAGGAAACAGUAGUUAUGAAGAUGUUAUACUGGAUUUUGGCAUGUGUUUCGAGGCACAAGCCAAACCGGUCGUGGAGAGUUGGCGCAGUUCAGAAGAAUCAGUGACAUUGCUUUCAUUCCAUGAGAGUAAGGAGGAGGGCAGGGCUUCAGUUCUUGAUUCAGAGGAUUUGGGUGAGAAUAGGAGCUCCUCCUCAGUCUUUCAAGGAGAAGGAGGAGGUAUAGCAAAGGAGGAAAAUGAACCAGUUGCUACUACUCAGGCAACACAAACCUCAUCUCAUGAGGAUGAUGAUGAUGAUGAUGGCCAAUCUACUGCAGCUAUAGCAAGAGAUAACAUUGAUUCAGAUGUUCAUCAAGCUUUUGAGGAUGAUGUCUAUAUGCAUCACGACGAGAUUGAUGCGGAGGUCUCAAUAGGGACAGAAAUUCCUGAUCAGGAACCGAUUGAUGAAACGCAAUUAGCUCAAGAAUUUCUGCAUUCCUCCUAUCCAUGUGCACAGGAAGACCCUUCUACAAGUUGUGCCAAACUUCAUGCUUGUGAUCAUCAUGGUUCUAAACAAGCAGAGGAAGAGUUACUAAAAUUUAAAACCUUUUCAGCUGAAACGGGCGAGGAAGCAAAAGAAAAUCAUUUCUCAUUAGGUUCAGAAUUUAAUGAGAUUGAGGAAGAGAAAGUCCCUGAUACACCUACUUCUAUAGACAGUCUCCAUCAGUUGCAUAAGGAAUUGCUACUUUUUGAGAGAAGAGAAGUGGGAACAGAAGAGUCAUUGGAUGGAAGUGUCCUAAGCGAUAUUGAAGGUGGUGAUGGAGUCAUGACUAUUGAGAAAUUAAAAACAGUGUUGAGAGCUGAACGGAAGGCUUUGAAUGAAUUAUAUGCAGAACUUGAAGAAGAGAGGAGUGCUUCUGCAGUGGCAGCCAGCCAGACAAUGGCAAUGAUAAAUAGGCUACAGGAAGAAAAAGCAGCAAUGCAGAUGGAAGCUUUGCAGUACCAGAGAAUGAUGGAAGAGCAGUCUGAGUACGACCAGGAAGCUAUGCAGCUAUUGAAUGAACUUAUGGUAAAAAGGGAAAAAGAAAAGCAAGAAGUUGAAAGGGAGCUGGAAAUAUGUCGAAAGAAGGUCCAGGAUUAUGAGGUCAAAGAGAAAAUGAUGAUUUUGAGGAGAAUGAAAGAUGGCAGCACAAGAAGUAGGAGUUCAUCCGGUCCUUGUAGCAAUGCUGAGGAUAGUGAUGGGCUAUCUAUUGAUUUGAAUAAUGAAUCCAAGGAAGAAGAUAGCCGUGAAGAAGGAAGCAAUCAAAACACCCCGACUGAUGCAGUUCUGUAUCUGGAGGAAUCUUUGGCUAGCUUUGAGGAAGAGAAGUUAUCCAUUCUAGACCAGCUCAAGGAAUUGGAAGAGAAACUUUUGACCUUAAGUGAUGAAGAGGAAGAACAUUUUCAGAAUAUGAAACCAAUCAAGCAUUUCCUUUCAGAGAAUGGAAAUGGCUACCAUGAAAAAUUAGAUGUUAGUAGUGAAGUAAACGGCGUUGCAAAUGGCCAUUCCAAAGAAAUGAAUGGAAAGCAUAACAUCAAG